AUGGAGGAGGAGAAGAAUACGAAAAUAGAGCCAUGGAAGGAAACCCAAAACAAUUCUAGGAAGAUGCGCGUUGAGAAGGUGAAGACUAGGAAAGGGAAGCGCGUCUUGGAAGAUCGUGCUCCAAAAACAGUGGAAAAUGACAAAACCGCUCUCAUCAUCAAGGGCUCGAAGACGAGCCAAACAGUUACAGAUGCACUAAUGGAUAUUUAUAUGCUCAAAAAGCCAUUAGUUCAACAACUGAAAAAGCAUAAUUCUUUCCGUCCAUUCGAUGACGAAACUCCUAUUGAAAAAUUCGGGGAGAAGUACGACGCCUCUCUGUUCUUAUUCGGUUCUUCAUCAAAGAAACGACCAAGUAGUUUGGUGUUUGGUCGAACCCACGAUGGCCAAAUACUGGACAUGGUGGAAUUGAACAUAGUGAACUUUACACCAGCCAGAGAUUUUGAGACACCAAAAGUGAUGCUGGGGACGAAACCAUGCAUUAGUCUGGAGGGCCCCGAUUUCGAAUCUGAAUCAACCAUGAAAAGAAUAGGAAAUCUCUUGGUGGACUUCUUCAAAGGACCAACUAUUGAUAUGGUGCGAUUACAAGGCCUCGAAAUGCUUAUAUCCUUUACAGCUAAGGAAAAUAUAAUUUAUAUGCGAGUUUAUAGAGUGUUGCUGCUCAAAAGUGCUACAAAUGUGCCACGAAUAGAACUUUUGGAGAUGGGACCGUCGAUUGAUUUCAAAGUAGACCGAACAAAACUAGCUAGUGACAGUCUGUUCAAGGCAGCAUGCAAGAAACCUAAAGCUUUGAUGGCAAAACGGCGCAAGAAUAUGUCUGAAGAUGUCUUCGGUAAUCAGUUAGCUCGAAUCCACGUGGGCAAACAAAACACAGACUCCAUCCAAACAAGGAAACUUAAAGCUCUCAAGAAAUCGAAAAGUGACGCUUCUACCUCUCGAACGAAUGAAAUAGAAGACGGCUCUGACGCUAGUGAUUAUGAGGAUGCUAGCGAUAAUGAGGAAGCUAUGGAGGACUAA